AGGCCCUAUCCAGAGUUUCUCAUACAUUAUCUCUACUUUGGCUAACACAUGGACACAGUAGUGGUGCUGCUAUUUCUUUUCCCUGUGAUUGUCAUGGGCAUGAGGUAUGAGCUUCCACCUGACUGGUAUUUUCGACAAUUGCCAGGCAACAAUCAUAGAAAUUAUUCAGUUUUUAUGAACACCACUGAAGGCUUUGAAAUCAUGAAGGCCGGGGGCAAAGAUAUUGUCAGUGACAAUGGGAAUUUCUCACUUGCAUCACACGAUCAAGGAAAAUACCUGCUAUUGCAUAUGAAUCGCUCAAUCUAUCCUUUAUCCAUUCGAUUUUCGUUAGAAGAUGCAGCUUCCCUAGUGUUACAAAACUCUGGAAAUGUCCUCAUUUAUUUUUACAACGGCAGUGUGUGGCAAAGUUUCGAUUUUCCCUCAGAAUUUCUCCUCCCAACCCAAAUUUUGAAAACAGGAAUGCGCAUAAUGAGCAACGACUAUGAGACUCUUGUUAUUGUCCAAGAUGAGGGACUGUUUUGGAUUUCUCCCUCUGAGUUUUAUGAAGGACAAUUCCAACACCACCAAGCAUAUCAAGCGUGGCGAUUUACUUCUACAUGUGAAGGCUCAACCUCAACUUUUCUUCAGUACACUGGGAGCAAUUUGACCCUCUCCAAUGAUUGUGAGCAGCUAUCAUUAACAACUUCAACUGAAUCAAGUACUCCUCUUUUGCCAUUCUUGCAAUUUGACUCAGAUGGGAGCAUUAUAUCUUACAAGUAUGAAGGAAAUCAAUGGAUUAAAGACAUUCAGCUAACGGACUAUACAAACCAGAUAAAAUCAUGGCCAGGAAAUCCUGCAUGUAACGAUUGUUCUCAAUAUGGUAUCUGCAAUACCCGCGAUGGAAACUGCAGCUGCUUGAAGCCCGAUGAACAUCAAAUGUGUGAGUUAUACACUCGCUCUGGGUCCUUAGCAGGGGGUUUUUGGAGGGCGCAUUCUUAUCUAAGUUCUUGCUCCGAUUUGGACUUCGGAGAACAAUAUCCUAACUACAUUGUGAUGAAAGAGAAGUUUGCUGAUAUUGGAUAUUAUAGAACUGAAUUCAUGCAGCCCAACCAAAGGAAUUCCUCUCUACACAAGUGCACAGAAGCCUGCUUUGUUAUGAAUUGUAGCAGGUGUAUGUCACUUAUUUUCAAUGGCGAUACCAAGGACUGCUUCUUCAUUUCGUAUGAUAUAUAUGGGAGCUUCUACAGAGAUGACACUACAAAAAAUAUAACUCUUAUCAUCAAAACACUGAAGGCUCACCAUCAACCGAAACUUUACAUUAUAUCUCUUACCAUGACUUGCACAGUGAUAUUCCUAUGCUUCCUAGCGGUAUGUGCUCUUGCGUUUAAUGAGCGCAAGCUCAAGUUCAAUCCGGCAAAGGAGAUUGAAGCAUUGUUGGCUAGUAUGCAAGGCCGUUUGCCUCAGAGAUUCUCAUAUACGACAUUGGAUACUGCGACAAAAGGAUAUAGCACAAAGCUGGGAGCUGGGGGAUAUGGAUCAGUUUACAAAGGAGUUUUGAGUGAUGGUAGAGUUGUGGCAGUCAAGAAGCUUGACUACAGUGGAACGCAAGGGGCAAAACAGUUUGUGACCGAGAUUGCUGGAAUUGGAGGCAUAAGUCAUGUAAACAUUGUUAAACUUUGUGGCUUUUGCAUCGAGGGAGCAACACAGUGGCUGCUGGUUUACGAAUUUAUGCCCAAUGGAUCACUCGACAAAUGGCUUUUCGAGCAAACUUCAGAGAAUUUAUGGCUCAGUUGGCAGCAGAGGAUCGACAUUGCCCUUGGCACGGCUCAAGGACUUGCGUAUCUUCACGAGGAAUGCAGGGAGCCCAUACUGCACUUGGACAUCAAGCCCCAGAACAUUCUGUUGGACACAGAGUUUGUCGCAAAGGUGGCGGACUUUGGGAUGGCAAAGCUGCUUGAGAACCGCAACGAGACGCAGGUCAUGACGACCAUGCGGGGCACUCCAGGCUACAUGGCUCCGGAAUGGCUCACACAUUUCAUGGCUACAAAGAGAUGCGACGUUUACAGCUAUGGAAAGGUGCUUUUGGAACUAAUUGGGGGUCGUAGGAACAUUGAUCUCUCAAAGGCUGUGAACUUUGGGGACAACACUCAGCCGGACGAGAGCUGGUAUUUUCCAACUUGGGUGGUGAACCAGGUGGAGAAGGGGAAUUUUCUCGAAGUGAUUGACGAGAGGGUGAGAGCAAGUGCCAGUGAAAACUAUCAGCAGGCCAAGAAAAUGGUUCAUCUUGCACUGUGGUGCAUUCAAGACAAUGCUGAUUCUCGGCCAUCCAUGAGGACAAUAGUGGAAGUGUUGCAAGGGCAUUUGGAUUUGGGUUCUGCUCCUUUGAUAGCAAAAGUGGCAUUUCGUUGAUGUUUGAAAUAAUAUAAACUUAUUAUGUAAUACAAAAGUUGUGGUGGGA